ACUCUGCCCUUUAUGUUCACAUCUGGAAGCCACACCCUACCUUCUGAGUCACCAGGCCAUCAAGUCCAGACAGAGGGAUCAAGAGAGUGCGAGAGUGCCAACUGCCUCCCACCCAAGGCACUAGCAAGACUCCACAAUGUCAGAGCAACCCAUGGACCUAAAGAAUUUAAUGCCCACAGAGAGGAAAUCUAUGUGGAAGACUGCCGAGGAGAGGCGCAUGUCUGACCUCACUCGUGUGCUGGAGUGGCUAGAGCGGAGGCAGGGGAAGAGGAAACAAACUCCCGAGAAGCAAAAGCCCAAAGUGGUAACAGGCCUGGAAGGAAAUGAAAAGAAGGAAGAGCAGAAUGGCAAAGGUAUCAUGAAGGCACCAGGAGAGAACCGCAAGGCAGCGGAGCCUUCCAAGCAGGCGUUAGGAAAGAGGUUCAGGAAGGACUGGGACACCACCUCCUACCGAAGGCUCUACGGAGUGGAGCAAAAGGGAAAGCGCUUCAGCAUGGUCCCUUGCAGCUACCUCAAGGAUGGCCCCCGGAAAUCUGAUACAGACAUCAAGGAUGGAAUCGCCCCAGAGUCCAGUCAGAGGCCAAACCCAUUCGGUCGACCAAGCAUUGUCUUCGAUCCCAUGUUACAGGAAAGUACCUUUAGCAGCCGGAGGUCAACCUUCCUGAGAGACUGGUCCACCAAGAUGCCUGACGUGGCUUAUGAACGCAAGCUAAAGACCCUCAUGGAGAAAGGCACUGAGCCCAAGAUGGAAACCAUGAGGAUUUUGAAGCCAGAGGAGGUGCUGAGCUGCCGAUACCUGAGGUUGUCCAAGGAGAACAUUCGGACCUUGCUCAAGCUGUGCAGGGAUGCAGGAAUGAACGUGGACAUCCAUCCCCACAUGGUCGAAGGGGAAAUAGACGCUAAAAAGGUGUUCACCGGAAUACCCAGUGUGGCCCUCUAAAUAGCUCCCCUCGCCACCACCUUCAGGCUCCUUCUGGCAUCGGAAUCUUUGCCUCCAGAUCCCAUCCUCUGGCACACUACAAGUGGCCCUUCCAACUUAGUGCAUCCCUCUAGAACGUAAGCAAUCAGGAAACAAGCCUCAGCUGCAUGAUCA